AUGAACCUCGCCUUCGCGGCGACCCUGGCUGCCGCCCAACCUCACAACCACGGCCACGGCCACUUGCACCAAAAGAAGGGUUCUCCUGUCGAGAAGCGCGCUGAUGUUGUUACUACCAUUGAGGCUGCUACCGAGACUGCUUACGUUCUCGGCGACAAGGUUGUCACCCCCGACGAGGCCAAGGCUGGUAUUGAGAAGGGUCUCUACAUCGUCGUUGGCGAGACUACUCCCACAUACACUGCACCCGCCGUGUCCAGCACUGCCGAGACUGGCAAGGUCAAUGCCCAGUUCUUCGAGUACGCCACCAAGAAGUCUUCGUCAUCCGCCACUUCCUCGUCCUCCACCUCCUCGACGACCAUCGUCACCAGUUACUCCGCUGCCAAGCCCACCUCGUCCUCGACCUCAACUAGUGCUGCUGCCGCCACUACCAGCAAGGCCUCCAGCAGCUCUGGCGGCUCCGGCGUCACUGCCGAGUUCCCCAGCGGUGAGAUCGACUGCAGCCAGUUCCCCUCUGACUAUGGUGCUGUCGCUGUCGAUUACCUCAACACGGAUGGUUGGACCAGCAUUCAGCAGACUCCCUACUACACCGAGGGUGACAGUGCCAUCUCGUACAUUGUUACUGGUAUCUCUGGUGACAGCUGCACAAAGGGCUCUUUCUGCUCCUACGCUUGUCCUGAUGGAUACGUCAAGUCUCAAUGGCCUGACGCCCAGGGAGCAACUGGACAAUCUAUUGGCGGUCUGUACUGCAACAGCAAGGGCAAGCUCGAACUCACCCGCUCUGGCUACACCACCCUGUGCCAAAAGGGCUGCGGUGGCAUCACGAUCAAGAACAAGCUGAGCAGCGGAGGUGCCGCCGUCUGCCGUACCGACUACCCUGGCACCGAGUCCAUGGUUAUCCCUCUUUGGACUGAGGCCGGCUCAUCCUACGACUUGACCAACAUCGAGUCUGCCAAUUACUACACCUGGGGAGGCGCUUCCACCACUCUCCAGUACUAUGUUAACCCCAAGGACGUCGCAGUUGACGAUGCCUGUGUCUGGACUUCCCUCACCAACCCUUUGAGUGCUGGUAACUGGGCACCAAUCAACGUCGGCCUUGGAAAGAACAGUGAGGGCUUGACCUUUUUGUCCAUUUUCAACAACGCCCCGACCUCGACUGCCGUUUUGGAUUUCGACGUUGUUAUCAGUGGAGACAUUGUUGGAGACGCGGAAUGCUACUACAAGUCUGGCAGCUAUCCCGAUGGCGGUACCGGCUGCACUGUUGCUGUCACAGACGGUGGCUCUGCUACUAUCACCUUCCAGGAGUCGUAA